CGUGGUUACUGGAUACCGAAUCAAGCUCCUGUACAGCGCUUCACUGUGGGAUGUUUCUUUUUCACACCAGUAAUAAUUUGCAAUACGGAAGUGAUUCUACUGACUCGACUCACACGAGUAGUACAUAAGCACUGUACAGUGUUGUGUAAUGAACACAGCGGUCUGAGCUCUGUAGCUUCAUGGGUUUGUUGAAAAUUUACUCAAAGCUGAUGCUGCUGCCAUGGCGAUCCCUGCCUCAGUGUGUGGCAGUGGGAAGAUGUGCUGCUUCUUCAGGUCCUGAUAGCGUGUGGAAGUUUGUUCCACCCAGCAGCUCAGUGGACAGGUGCUCCUUGGAGCAGCUACAGGCGUUUGUAUCACAAGCCUCACGUCUCUUUGUGUUAACUGGAGCAGGAAUAUCGACUGAGUCAGGAAUCCCUGACUAUCGUUCAGAACGUGUGGGGCUCUUUGCACGCACAAAUCACCGGCCAAUUCAACACACUGAGUUCAUGCACAGUUCCAAGGCUCGGCAGCGCUACUGGGCCCGCAAUUAUGUGGGCUGGCCGCUUUUCUCUUCCCACCUGCCAAAUUCAUCUCACUAUGCCCUGAGGGAUUGGGCAGAGAAAGGCAAAGUUCACUGGCUUGUCACUCAAAACGUGGAUGCUUUACAUUCAAAGGCAGGACACCAGAGACUGACUGAGCUUCAUGGCUGUUCACACAGGGUGGUAUGUAUGGGCUGUGGGCAGCUGACUGUACGGGAGGAGAUGCAGAAGCAUUUUGCUGAAUUGAACCCUGGCUGGGAGGCAAGCCCAGGCGAGGUGGCACCGGAUGGAGAUGUGUUGUUGGAAGAUGAACAGGUGCUGCAAUUCAGGGUUCCCUCUUGCCAGUCCUGCGGUGGCAUCCUUAAGCCUGCUGUGACGUUUUUUGGUGACAUGGUGGACCAUGCAACUGUGCAGUUUAUACAUGACAGGCUGGCUGAGGCUGAUGCUGUGCUUGUGGCUGGAUCCUCACUGCAGGUGUAUUCUGGGUACCGCUUCCUGUUAGCAGCCAGUGACAGACGACUCCCAGUGGCCAUCCUGAACAUUGGUCCUACAAGAGCUGACCACCUUGCUGAGCUUAAAGUGACUGCUCGAUGUGGAGAAGUGCUCCCAAUCCUCAGUGCCAGCUGAGACCAAGAACAGCCAAUGCAUGCAACAUUUUCCCCACUUUCAGUGGUACUCAGCACCUUGUCCGUUAGCUUUACAUGACGACUUCUAGAAAACUGCUGGACUCUACCUCACUGCAAUGAUGAAAACAAUACAAAACUGACUUCAUUAUCUAUUAUUGGAUGCAAUAGCCAUGUUUUAAAUGAUCUAGCUGGUUUCAUUUAGUGUAACCCACAUGAUUGAAAAGAAUGAAGGGAAAAUGAAGAGGGUGGAGGGUUUUUAGGUGGCAAUGCAGAGAGACCCCAUAAGACUUGAUAACUGUCACUCCCUUUUUUUUAAAACUGUUCUAUUAACUCAGGGUAACUCAAGUGAAAGUCAGAAAUGUGUAUUGUUGUUAUUAUUAUAACUGUAGUAAUGGAAUGUUUUUAAUUAGGUUAUUGGCCUACUAAAUAGGACUAACUGAUGGGUCACUUGACAUUAGCUUUAAUACAUGUUAAAGUACUGUUUUAAAUAUAAAAUAACCUUUGUGGUGGAUUCAUAUGAUAAUACAGAGUUAAACAUU